GAACAAAUGAUGAUCCUGUGAGUUCGUCUGUCGGUGUGAGACAUGCAGAUUUUCCCAUAACACUGCUCUGCUCUGGUGGCCAGCUUUGUGUGACUGUAGCUCGGCUUUCAGAUCUUUUUUACGCCCCGCACCUCGUCGGCACCACAACAUACCAAAUGGCAGAGAAAAAGAAGACAGCUAAUGCCUUCGAAGAGCUCGCAACUUUCAUCGGUGGCGGCGUCACGUCUACGGAUAUUCAGGUGAGUGAGCUCUAGGGGAGGAAGCGCUUCUUCCUCCCCCCCCCCCUCCUCUCCCCCACUCUUCCCUUUUACUUGCUGAGAGAAACGUCCAUCUUCUCAGGCCGUGUACCGAGACUAUUGGGAGGUUCCUGGGAAACGUUGGAUAAACGUGGACCAAAGCAUCAGGAACGAGAUUUCGGAUAAAUUCUACGCAAUGAUUAGACGAGGGAAGCCUUCAGACCCCGAUCAGUUGGACCGUUUGAUACGAGACGCCGGGCAGCAGAGCUGGAGGAAUAGGGACAAGGGGAUUCGAAGGCGCGCUCAGAAGCGAAAGGCUGGGAUUGAUGGAGCAUCGUCGUCGAAGGGUAAGGUGUUCGUCGCUGGUACUUGGGAAUAAGUAAUUGACACGAGCUCGAACUUCAGGAGACCAGGAAUCCGACAGGGAGGAUGACCAAGACCCGAAGGAGACCCCGGAUCCUGUGCUCGGGGAUGGGCAGCAGAGUCCCACAGGCAGCAGUCACGAAACGAAGGAGGAGAGGCCUAGGAGGGUUUGGGAGUUAUAGAUUUCUUACGGGAGGAUUUGGGAUGAGAGCAAAGAAAACGGUCGGAGUCCUGGGAUUCAAAGAGCGGUUGAUAAAUCCUUUUCUGCAUUUUUUUUCUUUCUUUUCCUUUAUUUUUAAGAAGCUCGCUGUCUCUUGUAUGUACCUAAUUGAAAACGACAAAUUUUGAAGCCUCACACUAAUCGGCUUAACCUUUGGGCUUCCAAUCUGAUACCUUGAAAAAAAUUAUCCGGACCCAUUUGCAUAUAUUUACCCUGAGCAAAAAAGAAAGCUUCGGGAAUGCUAGUACAACGUUGUACACUUCCGGUAAAAUCUAGCCUAUCUUCCCUCUGAGCGCGUCCUGCAUCACACCUUGAGGAAAGAACAGGAGCGUAGUCAUUCGUAAGAUCAGGUGUUGAGGCGACUCCAAGGAUCGAGGCUAUACUUGCUUCAGGAUAUGCUCCCUAGCACGUGGAUUCCAAUGCAGCCCUCUCCAAAGCAGAAUAAAACCCAGGAGUCAUGGCAUUUUGGAGGAUCAACCAUCCCCGCGGAGACAGACCCUAAAUUUGCUCUGUCCCGUGCCCCCGUUCCCACAUGUCGAGUGCCUGUAUUCCCAAUUCUCAUAGGGAACCCUAGGUGAGUCCAACGCUCGGUCAUGCCUCGUCACUCACACUCUAAGGUCCGGGGAUGGAUGGUGCAAGCCGCACACUCGGAUUCGUCUCAGGUGAAGCUCGGGAAGGCGCAGCACACGACAUCACCCCGCGCAAUCUGCACCUCCGGUACAGUUGCGCCCUCUCGAACGGCCGGAUUCCCGAAAUCUCCAACAUCUUUCGAUCCCACGGAGCGUCCCGGCUUGGGGAGUUGAAUUUCCGAGACAUUGUGGCAUUCACGUACAAGUACGGUAGCCGCAGCGCCCCCAAGUGUGCGCGAUCCCAUAAUGUACGAGGACCGUUACGGACAGUACCGUACGGUAUGCCCCCUCGGUGAGAUUUUCCAAGUACGGUACGAUGGAUUACUUAGUGACCGGUUGCAGCGCACCGCAGGGUUAUUUUCUUGCAUUGUACUUUGUACCUCUGCACCACGUUUGGCCUCACAACCAAUCGGGUGGGUUGGUUGGGAUUUUUUCGGUGGCCCGCCCUUUAGUGCAAAACGGGGAUCUCCAAAAUC